AUGCAAAAACGUAAUGUAUUUUCUUAUCCGUCACUAAGGGGUCUUGUUGUCAAAAACUGGACGUCCGACGUUAGACUUGAUGGAAAGACGGCGAUCGUGACCGGGGCAAACACAGGCAUCGGGAAAGAGACUGCCAAGGACCUUGCUAAGCGGGGGGCUCGAGUGAUCAUAGCCUGUCGAGACAUGGAGAGGGCACAGGAGGCCGCCAACGACAUCAUCAGGGAGGCGGGCAAUGUGACCGUGCUGCCCCGUAAGCUGGAUCUCGCCGACACCAAGUCCAUCUGCGAAUUUGCAGAGCUCAUAUACAACACUGAAAAAUCCCUUCAUCUUCUGAUCAAUAACGCUGGGGUGGCGAUAUGCCCCUACUCCACCACCGCCGAUGGUUUUGAGAUGCAGUUUGGGGUUAAUCAUCUUGGUCACUUCUUCCUCACGUACCUUCUCCUGGAUAUCCUGAAGCACUCAGCUCCCUCCAGAGUGAUCAACGUCUCGUCUGUGGCUCACUCCAUGGGCAAAAUCCACUUUGAAGAUCUGAACAGUGAAAAGAGCUAUCAUCCGGUCAAAGCCUUCGUGCAAAGCAAACUGGCCAACGUGCUCUUCACGCGAGAGCUGGCCAGGCGUGUAGAGGAUCUGGGAGUGACAGCCUACGUGGUGGAUCCCGGAAUUGUUAAGACGGAGCUGACCAGACACAUGAAGAAAUCUUUGCAGCUCUUUCUGAAAACCUGUGGUUUCCUCAUGAAAACUCCAGCAGAGGGAGCUUACACUGUCCUCUACUGCGCGCUUGCUCCCGACCUGCAGACAGGAGGUUACUACAGGAACUGUGGUCUGGCCAGCUGCUCCAGGGCUGCUAACGAUGACUGCACAGCCAACAAACUGUGGGCUGUCAGCUGCCGCCUGCUGGGGAUACGCUGGAGAUAG